CUUGCGCGGGCACACCCAUUCCGUCGACUCCAGGCAGCCCCGCCCCAACGUUUUUUUUCCGCUGCGAACGGCGGAGCUGGGAACGCUGCCUUCGACUCUCCCUCUACUGGAGUGUAAUGUCGCAAGGUUGGGGUAGAAAGCUCUGGGUUUGCGACCGUAGCUCUCGCUUUCCGGCCAACACAGAGACAGACGUGCCUGAAUGCUGGUUGAGGUGGUGAGGCCCGAGGCAGCUUCCAGAAUUUCUGAGCAAUCCUGGUCAGUACAAGAUGGACCCUGUAGUCUUGAGUUACAUGGACAGUCUACUGCGGCAAUCAGAUGUCUCACUAUUGGAUCCUCCAAGCUGGCUCAAUGACCGUAUUAUUGGGUUUGCCUUUGAGUACUUUGCCAAUAGUGAGUUUCAUGACUGCUCUGACCAAGUCUGCUUCAUCAGUCCUGAAGUCACCCAGUUCAUCAAGUGCACUAGCAACCCAGCAGAGAUUGCCAUGUUCCUUGAACCCCUGGACAUCCCCAACAAGAGAGUUGUAUUUUUAGCCAUCAAUGAUAAUUCCAACCAGGCAGCUGGGGGAACCCAUUGGAGUUUGCUGGUUUAUCUCCAAGAUAAAAAUAGCUUUUUUCAUUAUGACUCCCAUAGCAGAAGCAACUCAGUUCAUGCAAAGCAGGUAGCAGAAAAAUUGGAGGCUUUCUUAGGCAGAAAAGGAGACAAACUAGUGUUUGUGGAAGAGAAAGCCCCUGCUCAACAAAACAGCUAUGACUGUGGGAUGUACGUGAUAUGUAACACUGAGGCCUUGUGUCAGAACUUUUUUAGACAACAGCCAGAAUCACUAUUGCAGCUACUCACUCCUAUAUACAUCACAAAGAAGAGGGGAGAAUGGAAAGAUCUCAUUGCCAGACUUGCUAAAAAUUAGAUAUUGUAUAUUUGUGACUUUUGAAGUCUCAUUCUGCCUGUCCCCAUUUGUUGGAUGGCUGCAAUCUCAGUGCCUGAGGGAAGAUGCCGGAUAGAAGCAAGCUUAGGAUUUUUACUUUUUCCUGAAAAAAUGUCAUCCUCUACAUUAUCCUAAUGGAAAGUUUCAUUUUAACCGUACCUUGAAAACACAAUGUUCUAUGAAAAUGUCUUGAAGUUAUGCACCAAAACCUUAAAACCAAGCUAUUGUAACAUUUAUUAAUUACCUUUUGGUCUCCAUUAGCCACAUUGGCUUAUUCCAAAGGAAAAGCAGUGAUCUGUAAAACAAAUUAAGGAUAUGUGAAAUCUAGAGGAAUGCAAGAAGAAAACUAUAAAAGAACCAAAAACUUAUUGCGUAGUCCACUGGCUGGAAGCAGAUCAAGAUCUAAAUAUUAUGAGAAUCAAUUAUUCACUUCUGUGCUAUCUCUUCCAUUCACCAUGCAAAGCUUUCCUGGCUAUCAGCACACCCUUUGCAAAGAUUUUGUUAGCCCAUCUUUCCCCAUCUGAUUCCUGGAUGCUUUAUGAAAGGGGGAAUCAAGUAACUUUAUUAAAUUAAAUGGCUCUGGUAGACCACUUAGUUUGCUCAGUAAGUGGUCAAUUUGCUACUCUGAAUUGAUAAUAGCUUUCAUUAACCUUGUCUAUUAGCCAUGUGCACACUCCUUCCUUAUAUCCAAAGUUCUGUGGUUUUAAAACUCAGCUGAUAACUUCUCACGGUUAUCUGUUAUUUCAAAUAAGUAUUUCUUCUUUCUAAUAGUUUUUUCUCUCCUCUUUACCCUUAAUCUGGCAGAAUUGUUUGAUUUAUAUCAUGGUGAUUUCAGAACUACAAUUGUACCUGAAAUUUACAAACUAAAUAUUAGUUUGUUUUUGAGCUACAAAGGAGAAAGGGUGACCUUAAUUCAAAAUGCAGACAAUGUCAUUUUUAAAAUGUGGAAUGAAGAGUAAAAAGAAAUGCUGUCCCUUCUAA